GUUUCAGGGACAUAUGCAACUAAUUUAUGCAAAUGCAUCAAAAUGAUCGUAAUGUUUUGUAGCAGUUGUCUAUCACAACAAGUCUCAAUUUUAUGACCUUUUUACUUCAUAUUUCUCUCUUUAUUUUGAUUUACUGAAAGUGAAAUUACAUUUUUCUCUUUCAUUUCAGAGCUGAUGGAAGUGAAGGAGGAGAGUGAAGAACUGAGUGAAGUGGAGGAGGAACAUCAUGACAAACCUGGAGAAAAACCUUUGAGUCGCUCAAAGACUAAAAAGACAUUUUUAAAGAAAAGAGACAAGAAAUCUACAACCUGCACUCAGUGUGGAAAGAGUUUCACUACCAAACAUAGUCUUGAACGUCACAUGAGGAUCCACACCGGAGAGAAGCCGUUCACAUGUGAUCAGUGUGGAAAUAGUUUGUCAACCAGACAUCAUCUUAAGGAACACAUGAGAGUUCACACUGGAGAGAAGCCAUUCACAUGUGAUCAGUGUGGAAAGAGUUUCUCAACCAAACAAUAUCUUGAGGUUCACAUGAGAGUUCAUACAGGAGAGAAGCUGUUCACAUGUGAUCAAUGUGGGAAGAGUUUCAGUCAAUCAUCAACCCUUAAAGCACACAUGAGGAUCCACACUGGAGAGAAGCCGUUCACAUGUGAUCAGUGUGGGAAGAGCUUCAAACAGAAAGGACAUCUUAAGAAUCAUAUGAAAGUUCACACUGGAGAGAAGCCGUUCACAUGUGAUCAAUGUGGGGAGAGCUUCACACAAAGAGGAAAUCUUAAGAGUCAUAUGAAAGUUCACACCGGAGAGAAGCCACACACAUGUGAUCAAUGUGACAAAACAUUUCUCUGGGCAUCAAACCUGAAGAGACACCUGAGAGUUCAUACAAAGGAGAAGCCACAUUCAUGUUCUGUGUGUGGAAAGAGUUUUUCACUGCUGUCAUAUUUAAAUGAACAUGAGAAAACACACACUGGUGUGAGAGAGUACGUGUGCUUUGAGUGUGAGAAGACUUUUGCUACAUGGAGCGAUUUAAAAAAGCACCACAGAAUUCACACUGGAGAAAAACCUUACAAGUGUUCACACUGUGACAAGAGAUUCAAUCAGUCAUCACAUAUGAAAACACAUGAGAGGAUCCACAGCAGAGAGAAGCUGCACACGUGAUCAGUGUGGAAAGAGUUUCUCUUUUAAAAGUCACCUGAAGAUACACAUGAAGAUCCAUGCAGUGGAGAAACCACAUCACUGCAGUCUGAAAUGAAGUAGUUCAUUUUUAUGUGCUGAACAAAAAAAUCUCUUCUGUGUAAGUUAGCCACAGCC